AAGCUAAGUGGGGCACAACAGAGCAAAUAGAUCGAUCUAUACUCUGGAAGGAGGCCAGAAAAGAUUCUUCUGGCAACUAUGUCACCGAGCGUGACAAGGUCAAGGGAGAGGCCAUUACAUGCUUGAGCAAAGAAAAGAGGGCAAACUGAUUGAAAUCGGAACAAAUGACAUCCUAACACAAGUGUUAGGUACUGCUGAGCACCCCGGUCGAGUUCGAGGCCAGAGUCGAGGUGUCACACAAAGAGACUACUUUCAUAAGCCUAUUGGGGGGGGGGGGGGGUCUAAGAGGCUUGCAGAAAAAACAAAUUGAGUUCGAACGAUAAUCCAACAUACGACAUAGGGAAGAGAUUGAAAAGUUGAAAGAAUCGUUCAUGUCCAAGCUUGAAGAAUUAUCAACCAAGAUGGCACAUGUGCAAGCUAACUUUGAUAGUCAUUCUAGCUUUGGUAGCCAUUCUAGAGUCAAUACAAUAGAAGUUGAGGCCCCAAUUGACACUGCUCCAGAAGUUGAGGCACCGAUGGACACUACUCCAGAUGUUGAGGCACCAAUUGACACUACUCCAGAAGUUGAGGUACUGAUGGACACUACUCCAGGAGUUGAGGCACCUGUUGACACUAGUACUUUGUAUGAGACACCUACACCUUCACCUUCUAUUCAUCCUGAGCCACUAAAGAAAGAUGUUAAGUGCAAAUUAUACAUUGAGCAAGGCGGUGAUGUUGUGGCUCUUGGACGGGUGGUGGCUACCAAAGGCAAGGUACAUGGGAAAAGUUUAGCACCUGGUAACUAUCGCGUGGUUGUUGAUAGAUGUCUAGAUGGGAGUGCAAAACUACCUAUCUCAGUUGGGGAUGAGAUGACUCUUGUGGUUCAUGCGGUCAACAGUUAUGUUGCUUGGCCAUCGCAUCUGAUAAUUACUUAUGAUCAUGAACAGGAACCCAAGAGACUAAAGAGAAAGAGGAUUUCAGCAGCUUGUCCGCCAACACAAGGCCUAAAACAUCCUCCACAACAUCUUCCCACUACUCAAGAAGAGGCAGGAUCAAGUAUGGCUAGUAAGUCGCCGAUUAUCUUCAAGGUUCCCACUGGACUUCCCAUGUUUUUGAAGAUACUUCUAGGUUCAGUUAAGUACGUAGAACCAGGAUUCAUGAUUGACAUUCUUAUGGAGACCAAUAUUAUGGGCGAACAAUAUACCUUAUCUCACAUGAGGAUAUAGUACACUUUGGACUUAUGGAAGAAAUCGGCGUGUCUUGCAUUUCAUUCUAUAUCAGUAUAAUAUAUUCCGAGUUGUGCGAUAGAGAGAUAUCACACUUUUUUGGUUUCAUUGAGCCAUCGUGGUCAUCGAGAAUUGGGACAAAUAUGGAUAAUCGGGCUGAAAUUAUCUCAGAGCGUAUCAAUAACACAACGUCACUGGAUGUUAGUGAUCAUUGAUCCAGAUGGCCAUACAUGUUACUAUCUUGAUCCACUUAGAAAAUCUCCUCCAAAUGAUUUGAAGAACCUUAUGAACAAUGUCUCUUCACACAUUAAGCGAAAGACAGGAAGGAAUGAAAAAAAUUACAAGUGGAAAAUAGUCAAUUGCCCUCGUCAAACAUCGUCAGUAGAAUGCGGUUUUUAUAUCAUAAGGAUGAUGAAGGACUAUUGCUUGAAUGAGACACCAAUGCGAUGGCUAACUAGUAAUUGUGGUGGAAAGAAUACAGAUACACCUGGUGAAAUUAAUGAAACUCGAAAUGAAUGGGCAGCCAAGCUUCUUGAGCGGAUGAGUCAUAGUUAGAGUAACUUUUGAAAUUAGAAUUAAAAAAUAUACUAAUUGUAGUAUUUAGUUAGUACUUACAUAGUUAUUCCAAGUGUAUAUUUUGAUAUUGUAAUUGUAGAUUUGGAACAUGCUGAGUUUUAUUGAUUUUGUCUGCCUAUUGAUUAUGUCUGAACUAUGUUGUAAUUACACAGGAAAUUAUGAAUGAAUAUAGUAGUUGAAAAUA